UAAUAUCUUCGUGCAAACAUCAGUUAUUGAUCAUAAACUGUUUCAUUCAGUCACGGAGCACUUAAAGAGCUAUAUUCCGACCUUUUCUAUCGAGUGAACUAUAUCAAGACAUCCAUCGGUGCACUCAUUCUAAUUGGAACGGCGCCAAGACUGAGACUAAAGGACAAACCAAACAAUUCCUAAACGGCGAUGAUGUUUGUCCUUAUAUGGGGUGUCAUCUUGCUGAUUCCUGCAGCAGCGGGUGAUGCGGCGCCACCGUGCGACGACUUCGACACUUCCGGUUGUGUCAGUAACCCAAGUCUUUGUCAAGAUCCAGUCCUUUCUUUGGUUACGUGCCCAAAGACAUGCAACAAAUGCCCGUUUUACUGCUAUAACUGCAAUUCCGUCAUAAAUGUCACAUCGUGCACAAACAUAACGACGUGUCCAUCAGACAUGACAUGCAUGUUCAAACAAGUAACGUCGAGCGCGGAUGGUCAUGAAAAAUACACUAUGCAGUGCGUGGAUAAGGCGGUUUGUAACAGUACUAAACGUUCUCUACAUGAACGUAAUGUUCAGAAGUUUUGCUGCGCAGACAAUUACUGUAACCACGUGCCAACAAUGACGACACCUGUAACUAUGGCAACACAACCAAUGGUUCAGUCGACAAUCUCUUCAACUGCCCGACUUGUCACAAAUUGCAACAAGGACGUCAUUUUUAUUAUGGAGGAAUCUAAUCGAGUGCCGAGCAUUGAGCCAAGCAGAAAGUUUAUGCUCGACAUUGUUGCUGGUUUGGAUAUCGGACCGAACGCCUCGCUUGUAGCACUUCUGAGCCACAACGACCUUUACUACCCCGUUGGAUGGUCUCUGACCAAGUAUCCGACUAAGACGAGUCUUCUGCAGGCUAUUAGUCUGACACAAAGGCAUCCAUGGCCACCAAAUCCUGAUCCAUUGGUCGGCAUCCAGAUGUACCUGUCGGGAGUCGCUAACGGGCAACAGGGAAACAGGCCCGAUAAAGAAGACGUGGUGAUCAUUAUGACGACGGCCGAAAUACCGGAACAUUUUUCCCCACUUUUGGGAGUAUAUGAACACCCUGUCGUUCUUAUCGCAGGACUGAACAGGCAGAGCAACAAUGUGAUCUGGAUAGGGAUUGGCCCUGGAAUAAGCGACGGGACACUGUUCCUUGUUACUAAGGAUUCAAAUCACCGAUUCCACCUUUCUUCGGUAUACGAGAUGCCAAACGUCUCUCAGAGAGUGGCUGACUUGAUUUGUCCUUAGAUUUGCAAUUGCACAUUUUUUUUGUUACACAAUUAAAACCCUUUAAACAACACCAGCUUUGCAAAUCGAUAUAUGCU